AUGAUGCUCCUGAUUUUAUUAUUGGUGGCUGCUGUAUCCGCUGCCCCACAAGGGUACAACCUACCCACUCCUUCUGGCCCAUCCUUUAACGCCGGGGGUUGUGGCGGUGGCCAAGUGCGACACGUGGAUGGCAGCUGCGUCACACCUCAAGUGAACAGUCGUGUAUUCCUGUAUGAUGUGCCGCCAAAUCAAGCUUCUUCUAGCCGGCCAUCCUAUGUUCCAAAACCUAAACUGGAACGCAAUAUUGUUUUCGUGAGACUUCCUGAAGCUGGUCAAGGACCAGAACCCAUCGUCGUUCCUCCUCCGAGGCAACAACACGUCUUGUUCGUGCUUAACAAACAGUCAGAACAAGGUCAACAAGUGAUCGAGGUGCCAGCGCCACCAGCAGCGGAUCCCGAAGUGUUCUUCGUGAACUACGCAGAAGGAGAGAACCCAACUCUCCCUGGUGGAGUAGACCUCCAAACGGCACUGAGUGCUGCUUCUCAAGGUGGCGGUCAAGUCGUAGGAGGUGGUGGCGGUGGAGGAUCCGGUGGUGGUAUUGGAGGCGGAUUUGGAGGUGGCAUCGGAGGGGGAAUUGGAAGCGGCAGUGGAGGCGGAUUUGGAGGUGGAUUUGGAGGUGGUAUUGGUGGUGGAAGUGGAGGGGGUAUCGGAGGCGGGUUUGGAGGUGGCAGUGGAGGUGGAUUUGGAGUUUGA